GGCAAGCCCAUUCGAUGAUCAUUAAUUACUUCUGCAAAAUGCACGCAGCGGAGCUCUGACCAUUCCUCUGGGAUUGAGAGUCGACAAGACGAGAGAGGAAGGAUGAGGAGACGACCUGGAAUCGCAGGCUUACAGGGCGCUGCUGCUGCUAGGGAUCAGUUCCGAUUGCUCGGAGAAAAUGUAGCCAAGAUCAGGACCGACCUCAUGAAGGAGCAGCUCGCUACCUUCCGCUCUCAAUUAGAGGAUUUCGCUCUCAAACACAAGAAUGACAUUCGAAAGAACCCUGCGUUCAGGUCACAGUUCCAUGAGAUGUGUGCUAAAGUUGGAGUAGAUCCCCUGGCAUCAAACAAAGGUUUCUGGGCAGAGCUGUUGGGCAUCGGUGACUUCUACUAUGAACUUGGAGUGCAAAUUGUUGAGAUUUGUUUGGGAACAAGACCUCAUAAUGGGGGUUUGAUCAACCUGCAGGAACUCUGCACUCUCCUACGUCAUAAGCGAAAAACUUCUCGUGAAGCCGUGUCUGAGGAUGAUUGCUUGCGUGCAAUAAGUAAACUAAAGGUACUGGGAAGUGGUUUCGAGGUAAUAUCCGUUGGGAAGAAAAAACUAGUUCGAUCUGUCCCAACUGAGCUGAACAAAGACCAUAAUGAGAUCAUAGAGCUUGCCCAGGGACAAGGCUAUGUGACUGUUGAUGAGGUGGAGAGACGGCUGUCAUGGACCUCAGGCCGUGCCAUUGAUACCCUUGAAACUUUAUUAGAUGAAGGUUUUGCAAUGAUUGACGAUGGACAUAGAGAUGGGAAGCGUCGGUACUGGUUCCCGUGUGUAUCUUCCAUCUCAUCAACUGUCGUUACUGAUGCUUAAAAGCAGCUACCUCUGAUGCUGUUCGAAGAGGAUAUUAAUGUGAUCUUCGUGAAGCAUCAUCUUUGACUGCUAUGCUACACACCCUGUAUCUUAUGACAAUCCUGUUUAUUUUUGUACCAGGAAUUUCUGUUGUUUUUGGUUUGGCUGAUUUACGGUAGUUGUUACACCGCAUUGCAAUGUCUUUCCGGGAUCAUAUGACAGUCCGAGUACCAAAUGUAUGAAUUGGUGGAAACUUCUCUUAAAAGUGGCAAUCUAUGGCACUUGCAAGUGA